CCACAUUCGUAAUAUUAGACCUAUUACAUGCCGACUGCAGCCGUCUUCUCCACCUUGGGUAGACUAUCAGUUGUCUAACCUGAGCGUUGUUCCACGGGGUGCUACAAGAUGGAUCCAGCCUUACUUCGGGAGAGGGAACUGUUCAAGAAGAGGGCCCUUAGCACUCCUGCCGUUGAGAAGAGGUCAGCCCACUCCGAAUCCAGUUCUUCUAAAAAGAAGAAGGCCAAGCUAGAAAAGGAAGCAUCAUCAGGAUCCAAAAACAACGCAGAUUCCAUUAACUUGAAGGCACUCUCUGGCAGCUCGGGAUACAAGUUUGGUUGUCUCGCCAAAAUAGUCAACUACAUGAAGACCAGGCAUCAGAGAGGUGACACACACUUGCUGACUCUGGAUGAGAUUCUGGACGAGACCAAACUGCUUGACAUCGGCAUGAAGCAAAAACAGUGGCUGAUGAGUGAGGCUCUUGUCAAUAACCCAAAGAUAGAUGUGGUUGAUGGGAAGUAUGGCUUCAAGCCCAAGUUCAAUCUGAAGGAUAAGAAGGCUCUGCUGCGGCUGCUGGACAAGCAUGACCAGCUGGGCCUGGGCGGCAUCAUGCUAGACGACGUAGAGGAGGGGCUGCCCAACUCUGCCAAGGCCCUCAAAGCUUUGGGAGAUCAGAUCAUAUUUGUUACAAGACCAGACAAGAAGAAAAUUCUAUUCUUCAAUGACAAGCACUGCCAGUUCACCAUAGAUGAAGAGUUCCAGAAGUUAUGGAGAAGUAUUCCAGUGGAUUCCAUGGAUGAAGAAAAAAUUGAGGACUACCUGAAGAAACAGGGUAUCACAUCUAUGCAGGAGACUGGACCAAAGAAAAUGGCUCCAGUACAGAAGAGGAAAAAGGCAGGCAGCCAGAAAGCCAAACGGUUCAAGACCCACAAUCACCAUCUGGCUGGAGGACUGUUGGAGGACUACACCGAUGGAGUGCCCAGCAAGCAGUGACCAUGAGUGCCCAGCGAGCAAUGACCGUACAUGCAUAGUCCACCACAUGGAACACGCACACGCACACGCACACACACACACACACACACACAGAGCAAAGGGAAAAAACCCCAAGGAAAUGGACAUCAAAAGACGCUAUUUCCUUUGGAUGAGUAGAGUUCAGCGAUGAACACAAGUUGUAACUGUUGUAAAUAUUUGUACAUAUACAUGACAGCUUCAACUCAGAGAAGAACAAAAAUAGUAUGUUGAUAUAUUUUAUUAUUUUGUUUGUUUUAGUCCAGUGUGUAAUUUUAGGAUUUGCAUGGAGAGGAUCCACCUAUUCUUUUAUUGUAUGAAGUGUCAAUUUCCAAGCCACAAUGAACCUGAUGGUGGUAGUAAAAAAAAAUUGUGCAAAACAUGGCAUUUGUGUUUGUCUACAUUCUGAAAAUAACCAAAACUACACACUGUAGGCUACCUUUAAGACAGUUAAAGUCAUGCCCUGACAGCAGCCCAGUGCCAUCUAGACCUAUGAUUAUUGAUUUAUCUAUAGAGUGGUUGAUGAGAAGUGUGGUGUUGAGGCAGGGUUUUUGGGAGAGCUGGGGUUAACUGGCUUGUUGGUUUCCGGACAGCCGCCUUGUUGCCUUCAGCCCCACAGAAUUGUCACCAAGCAGAGUAAUCUCAACAGCUUGACUGGGAUGCAGGCCCAGGGUAUAGGUCUUAUGUUGCCAACGGGAUAUGGGGAAAGGGUCGAAUUAAUUUUGAUAUCUACACAAUCUGCAGCAAGUCCUAUCCACAGGGUCUCAUAAUUUAUGGCAGUCUGAAACGUGACUAUUCCUUAUACUUUGCUGUACCGCUCAUAGUGAUCACAUUUGUCCGAGCCAAUUUCAACACUAUAAG